AUGGUGACGUUCACAUGCAACGCUUGCGGCGAGAGCGUGAAGAAGCCCAAGGUUGAGAGCCACUACCGAAACAACUGCCCAGACUGCACAGUGCUGUCAUGCAUGGAUUGUGGCGUGGAUUUCUACGGAGACGACUACAAAACACACAACUCGUGCAUUUCGGAAGCUGAAAAGUAUCAAGGGGCACUGUAUCAAGCCAAGGACGGUAAGGCAUCCAAAGGCGCAGUCAAGCAGCAGUCAUGGCUUGGGAAUCUGCAAGCAAUGAUUGAGGACGAGAAGACGAGGCCAGAACUGAAGCCGUACUUGAAACAGAUGGCUGCGUACGAGAACGUGCCCAGAAAGCUCGUGAAGUUCCAGCGCUGGUGCUCCAACAGCCUUCGCCUGCGCAACGCCAAGUUGGCAGAGGAGCUGUUCAACACAAUCGCAGAACAGCAGAAGAAGAACAAGCAGGAGGCAAGUGGAGAGACGAAGAACAAUGGAACCACAACAGCAGGCGAUGGCGCCGGUGACAGUGACAAGACCGAGACAAAUGGAGGCAGCAGUACGCAGGAGAACACGGAGGAGAAGGUGAGCAAGAAGGAGAAGAAGAAGAAGAAGAAGAGCAAGAAGGAUAAGAAGGAAAAGAAAGAUAAGAAGGAGAAGGAAGCAACGGUGAGCAAGGAGGAAAAGAAGAAAGACAGCGCAGAGCAAGCAGCCAAGAAGGACAAGAAGAGCAAGAAGAGCAAGAAGGACAAGAAGGACAAGAAGGACAAGAAGAGCAAGAAGGAGGACAAGGCUGCCGAUGAGAGCAAUGACGAUGGCGAGAAGAAGAGUAAGAAGGAGAAGAAGGAGAAGAAGAACAACGGCACCUUGAUGCAACAGCUCGCCUCCCUCUCUGAACAGCAGCACCUGACACCCAUCACUGCCGAGAUCAAAGAAUCGGAAAACGCUGAGAAGAAGAAGAAGACGACGACGAAGGAAGCGAAACGCAAGGCAAGCAAAGACAGUGACAGCACUCGUGCUCGUGCUGAUGAUGUCGAUGAGGAGCCUGUGGCAAAGAAGGCAAAGAAGGACAAGAAGGCAAAGAAGGACAAGAAGAGCAAGAAGAACAAGAGCAAGAAGGAGUAG